UUAAAUUGGUGUAUACAUCACUCCACUGUUGCGCUAAGUAAAUGAGUUUUAUAUCAGCAAAACAGUAUACAGUGGUGUUGAUCAUACAAUAUAUUCUGUUGCUCUAUGACAUCAGUAGUAAUGCAUUCGUAAUUCUAAGCCAACAGGCGGGAAACAUGCUCGUUCUUUACAUAAUCCAAGAUUUAUGUAUUGUAGUAGCACUGACAAUACUUCUAGGUGGCUUUUUCUCUACGUAUGUGUUCCAGGUUGGAUUAAUGCAGUUACUGUAUUCGAGAUUCCGUGUGACACUUGUACUUUGCGUUACUUAUCUCGUUCUCAGUAUUGCAUUGCAUUCUUGCGAUAUAAGUUGCCAAUGGACUAUGUCGCAGAUUUGCACUCAAAAUAGAGGCGUUCAUGUUCUCUACAUCAUACACAGAAUUGUUGCAGUAAUAUAUUACUACUACUACAAGAGAGCAGCAUUGCGAAUCAGUGAUCCACGAUUUGAUGAAGGCUCCAGCUGGGUACAAAAGCAACUAAAUCUUCCCUGAUUUCUAUGGUGACGGAAUGCUGAUAUUUUUUACUUUUAAUUUCAACAUAUUUCAAUUUCUUAUAGCGGCUAGCAGAGUGUACAAUAUCUCAUGAAGUAACGAAGUAACGUACAAUACAAAAAUAAUGUUGUAAAAAAAGCUAAAUAUGUAUACGAAAUAUCCUGUUCUGCAUACCCAAUCGUUUUAGAAGAUAUAAUGAAUAUGUACAAUUAUCUACGGAUAAUUUAACUAAGUGGCUAAUACCUAAAAUUUUCAAUACACUAAUUAAAAAGUAUGCGCUAUGCUAUGCAUCUUAAACUCGAUUGAUUUAUGAUUUGCCAAAACUGUGUCCCAUUCAUUCUAUGGGAAAGUGAACCGCUACAUCUGUACAUUAUAACGUGCCGAUCACAUUCUGACAUUGACACAAUAAUAGCAUUUUUUAUGCAUCAAUCCAUAUGUUUGCAUUCGCAUAAUAGUGCCAAUAUCUUUAAAUAACAUAUGUAGAAAUAUACCUAUAUGUUAAUUACUUUAGCUUACAAUAUAAAGCUUUGUAGUUGCUGUAAGUUCGUCACUCCCACCGGCCCCGUUUCUACUCUGACCAAAAUGUUUUCUAAUCAUACUACUCUGAUGUAGUAUUCCACCUGCUUUGUUUGAAAGUAGGAAAAUUCUUUAAAAUAUUUUGGAAUGAAUGUUACUUAUUCUCACAUUAUCUUAUCUAUGAUCGCGAACGGUUCGAUGUGAUUAUCUGGUCAUUGCUUUGAAUCGAAAUGUCUGUACCUUAAUGGGAUGUCUUAUCAAAAUAUUUGAUGAUGUGAUAAGUGAAAUAUACAAAUUAACACACAGAAAA